UGUCAGCAUGCCGUAAACAUUGCGAAACUGGGCAAUUGGCAAAACUAAAGAUGUGAUUGCCGAUUAAAACCUAAUUUUCUUUGAUAUCUGACAACAUAAAGUUACAGAUAAUUAUAAAAGAAUCUCAACUAAAUAAGAUUCAAUAAGUCAUCUAACGUCUGAGACCGAUAUUGUGUUUUAAUUCAGAUGAUAUGAAAAUAUAAACAUGUCUCUGAAAAGUUACAGCCAAACUUUGUUUCUGUUAUUAUCGUUAGCAUUCGUUACCCGCGUAACAUACAAUUACUUAACAAAGAAGAAAAAGGAGGAGAAAUGCAAGAAAAAAGAAAUCCAGGAGGUAAUAAUGUUCUCUUACGGAGUAGAAGAAGUUAAAAAGAGUAAAUAUUCGCGCUGCAUGAUAACAAAAAGUAUGGAUAGAUUAUUGUAUUAUUUGAACCAGCCUCGUCAUACUUUGGACAUUUGUAUGUAUGUAUGGACUAAUAUGGAUAUUACUAACGCUGUAUUAAAAUUGCACUAUCGAGGAGUUAGGAUAAGGGUCAUAUUAGAUGCUGAUAUGGCAUUUUCAUCUGGAUCGAGUGUAAGGAGGUUAGAAAAGCAGCGCAUACCGGUUCGUUGGAUGAAGUCGACGAAUUUGAUGCACCACAAGUUUUGUUUAGCAGAUACGCUAAGUGCAGAUCCCUCAGUAUUGCCGUUUUUGAUGGCCGGCUCCCUGAACUGGACUAACCAAGCGUUGUGCGGCAACUUUGAAGAUUGCUUGGUAACUUCACAGAAGGAAUUGGUAGAACAAUACAGAAGAGAAUUUGAAAGGCUUUGGAUUUUAUUCAAGCCAAUUGUUGAUUAGUGCGGGCCACAUCAUGUAAUUUCUUGAAAUAACAGUGAGACUGUUAUUUGUGCUUUUAUUAGGCAUGUUCAUUUCUUUCUUGGCUGACUGCCGAUCCCCUGUUAAAUAUUGUGUACAGUACAGUUAUUUUAAAUGUGCACAUUUACUUUGAGACUAUUAUAUAAGAAAACAUUAUUGUAAUAAGUUAGUUCGCUAGAAUUUCAAAUAAUUUAGGAAUUAAGUAUUAAUUAUUUGUUUCUCUUUCAUUAAUUUACUAGGUGUAAGCAAGAAGUGUCAUUAAAGCAAUAACUAGCCAUUACACCUGUGUUCCAGGGAUAUUCUUUCCAUACUGGGCUAAAAUAUAGCCCAUGUUACUCAGGAAUAUUGUAGCAUUCCUACAGUGAAAGGCUUUUUUUUUCAUCGGUUCCAUAGUUUCAGAGCCUGUGUACAAAGAAAAAAAUCCUCUUUGUUAUGUUAGUAUACAUAAAUAUAAGUCAUCCAGGCUAACAUUUUAUUACUGCGUUUUUCAUUUGGAAGAAGUGACAAAAUUGUUUUAAAAUAAUGUAUGUUUUGAAUGUGAUCAGUAAAUUUUAAUAUUAAUAUUAAAAAAAAAAUGCUGCUCAGCAGUGCUGUAGUAUUAACUCAGUCUAAGCAUAAACAAAGCUGUCUUGUUUGCAGGUCCAAAAAUAACUUUAUAAUGUUUUUAAUGGCAAAUAAAAUUACUAAUUGUUAUACUUGUUUAUUAAUUUAGUGGUAGGUAUGUAUGUAUGUAAGAGGCAAAAAUUAAGUACUAGCUAAAUGGAAGGCAAAACAUGGCCUUUUGUAACAUUGUUUUUAUAAAGGAUUCAAAGAAUCUAAAAUUAUUAGGUAGGUAAUUAAUACUCUUAAUUGUAAGUAGGUAUUAUGAGAAAAUGCUAAUUAGGUUUGCAUGUAAGUACCUGUGUUUUACCUAGUUGUUAAGAAUAAAUGAUGAUUACUUAGUUUU